AUGACUGAUGAAAUGUGUAUUUUACUCCACGGAAAGCAGCACCAUUUAGGGGAUCGCCCCUCAAGGCAAAGAAUGAGCAAAAGCAGUGAUGAGGAUGCCAACUCAGACAGUACGGUGGAGGAAACGCUGGUGAUGCUAAACCUGCCACAGCUAAGCGUCGAUGAACGAAAAUUGAAAAAUCUGAACAUUUAUCGAAAGAAAAAAGGAGAAAAAAUUUACAUAGAGAAUGAAAGGAAGGUGAAGAAAAAGGAAAAUCAUUCAAAGGGGAGGCCCAACGAUGCGCCAAAGGAUAACCGACUGGGGAGUCAAAGGAGUAUAAAAUUUGACUUAACGAAUGAUGAGGAAGAAGAACUUCCAGGGGAUAUCCUCAUAAGUUCGGAUGGUUCUGAUAAAAUGGACAGCUCCGUUCGGGGGGAUGCCACUGAAGGGGUAUCAUCGACAGGGGGGAAGAACAUAGAUGAGGGGCAGAAAGAUGAGCGACCCCAAAAUAGCGGUCACCCAAAGGACGCUGAUGCGAAGCACGCGCGUGGAAACGAUGUAGAUAACAUCCCUUUCGACAUCGACACAAUCUCCAUAAGUAACUUAUUUGCCGAGUGCCCCGAAUGUAUAAUAAACAGUAAGUACAAAUUUAAGGGCAUUCACACGUCCAGCAUCGGGACGAACUUAUUUUUCAAGGAACCAGACAGCCUUAAAAAAAAAAAGAGCGACGUGUCGAAUUAUGAACUGUCGUACGAUCACCUGAGCACAAACAUGAAGGUCGAGAACAGAAUGAGCAGAGAUGACUUCACCCAUUACGAGGGCUACUCCACAAAAAUAAUAUCCUUUGAAAUAGACUACUAG